GGGCUAUCGCUUAUUGGCAUAGUCACCUGCAACCCCCUGAGUGGAGGUUACCUACGGGCGAUAUGAAAAGAAAACACGGGUCUCUGUGGCUGUGGUUCGAACUGCCAAAUUUAAUUAUCCUCGUGUUUCCUGAGCUCACACGAAGCAAUUUACUUAAUGCGUUGGCAAGUGAACGAAGCACAUUCCCUCCAUCCAAAGAAGCACCAUCACCGGCACAAACCAACGGUGGGAAACCACAGUGCGUGGCAAUCUCAAAGCUUCCUAAUGGAACAGAAAAGAGAAGUAUCAGACAAAUGCAAUCGACGAGAGAAUCCCGAACUACCAUAUCGGCAGCAACUUCCGACGUGGCACAAUAUGAAGCAUGUGCCCUGCUACAUCUCUAUCUCUCGCCAACUAGCGAUGGACGACUUCGAAAGCACUUCUUUGAUUUGGUUCCUGUCUUCAACCCCCCAACUAGACUUGGUACAUCCUCCGCCUCACAAAAAGGAAACCCGAGCAUCAGAAUUCUCUUUCUUCUGAGAGCACAGAGGGUCUAUGGACGCCGCCUCAGAGCGGUGCCUCAAUUUUCAAGCGGGGCGGAAAUCAGGCACCUGUUUAACGACCAACGGGAUCUGCAGCUGGCAAGCCAUCCCGUUUCGCCAGGUCCAUCCAUGGUCGAAGACAGAUAAGAUAUUCGUUCUUUUGCCAGAUGCGAACCUUUGCGCAGCUCUCAUGAGGUGCGGGGGGUGUUGUAUCAAAUGAUUCUUCAGCCGACCCAGCCUCACCCGAGGGAAUUACUGUAGGGGAGCGCAUGCAUGCGAAACGUCAAGA